AUGGCUCCGGAAAGCGAGUGCGAGACCGACCUGCGCGUGCUGGCCGCCGGCAUCCCGCUGCCGCCCCCGCCGCCCCCGCUCGGCAGAGACCCCGCCGUGCCGCACGCCCCCGUGCGCACGCACCGCCUCACCACCGACCAGAAGAGGCUGGCGGUGAAGAACGCGCUGCGCUAUUUUCCGCUGGAGUUCCACUCCAGACUGGCCCCAGACUUCGCCCAGGAGCUGGACGAGUACGGACACAUCUACAUGUACCGCCUAAUGCCCAAGUUCCCUAUCAGGGCUUAUCCACUGCAACUUCUGCCUGCCCGUUGUCCAGAGGCGGCGGCCAUCAUGCUGAUGAUCCUCAACAACCUAGACCCGGCGGUGGCGCAGUUCCCACACGAGCUCGUCACCUACGGGGGCAACGGACAGGUCUUCUCCAACUGGGCACAGUUCUGGCUGGUGAUGCGCUACCUGUCUUCGCUGGAGCGCGACCAGACGCUGGUGCUGUACUCGGGCCACCCGCUGGGGGUCUUCCCGUCGCCCGCGUCGGCGCCGCGGCUCGUCAUCACCAACGGUAUGGUGGUGCCCAACUACUCCACCAGGAAGCACUACGACGACAUGUUUGCACUCGGAGUCACCAUGUACGGCCAGAUGACCGCGGGAAGCUUCUGUUACAUCGGGCCGCAGGGCAUCGUCCACGGCACUACGAUCACGCUGAUGAGCGCGGGCCGCAAGUACCUGGGCUGCGACAGCCUGGCGGGCAAGGUGUUCGUGACGGCCGGCCUGGGCGGCAUGAGCGGCGCGCAGGCCAAGGCCGCCGUCAUCGCCGGCUGCGUCGGCGUCAUCGCAGAGGUGAGCGAAGAGGCGCUGCAGAAGCGGCUGCGCCAGGGCUGGCUGUGCGAGUUGGAGGGCGACCUCAACAAGCUGAUCCAGCGCAUCAGGGAGGCCCGCCGCAAAAAGGAGGCGACCAGCAUUGGCUACCACGGCAACAUUGUGAACCUGUGGGAGCGACUGGUGAGGGAACUUCGCGAGAAGGGCGACCUGCUGGUGGACCUGGGCUCCGACCAGACGUCCUGCCACAAUCCCUUCCAGGGCGGCUACUACCCAGUACAGCUCGCCUUCCAUGAGGCGCAGAAGGUGCUGUCUGAGGAGCCGGAGCGUUUCUCGUCGAUGGUGCAGGCGAGCCUGGUGCGGCACGUGGAGGCGGUGAACGAGCUGUCGGCGGCCGGGAUGCGCUUCUGGGACUACGGCAACGCCUUCCUGCUGGAGGCGCGCCGCGCGGGCGCCGACGUCGAGAAGGCGGGCGCCGGCCCACUCGCCUUCCGCUACCCCACCUACGUGCAGGACAUCAUGGGGGACAUAUUCUCGCUGGGAUUCGGGCCUUUCCGCUGGGUGUGCACAUCUGGGCUGGAGAGCGACCUGCAGACCACGGACAAGCUCGCAAUCGAUGAACUGGAGACUCUGCUGAAAGAUGAGAGCGUGGGCUACGCGACGCGGGCCCAGUACGAGUCCAACCUGGAGUGGCUGCGGCGCGCGGAGGAGCACCGGCUGGUGGUGGGGUCGCAGGCGCGCAUCCUGUACGCCGACCGCGAGGCCCGCCGCCGCAUCGCCGCCGCCCUCAACGACGCCGUCCGCAGCGGCGCCGUCAAGGGCCCCAUAGUGCUCAGCAGAGACCACCACGACGUCAGCGGCACUGACAGUCCAUUCCGUGAGACAUCCAACAUAGACGAUGGCUCCGCCUUCUGCGCAGACAUGGCCGUGCAGAACUGCAUCGGCGACGCAAUUCGCGGAGCCACCUGGGUCGCCCUGCACAACGGCGGCGGCGUCGGCUGGGGCGAGGUGAUAAACGGCGGCUUCGGCCUGCUGCUGGACGGAUCGGAGGACGCAGCGAAGCGGGCGCACACCAUGCUGGCCUGGGACGUCAGCAACGGAGUCGCUCGCAGGUGCUGGUCUGGAAACGAGCUGGCUCUGGAGGCGACGCGAGUGGCCAUGAAGUCGGACCCUCGUCUGGAGGUGACGCUGCCGCACCACGCCUCGCCUCAGCUGCUGAACACUCUCUUCCAGUGACCUGUGCCGCCAGGACUACCUCAUCGGUGUUCAGCUCACUCUACGCUUCCUCUCACUAAUUGUCAGAAAUGUGAUACUCAUAUUCCUCUGAUACAUGUGUAAUUUUUCAUUGCUUUCUUAAUCGAUUGUGAUUUAAAGAGGAAAUAUGUCUGUAUGUGAACAAUUAUCCCGCAGCAGUGCUGUGGUAUGGUUACUGAGCUUUUUGAUACUGUACUCGUGAUGGCUUCUCUUGGCUGUGAGUUCGUUCGUGCAAUAGUAAUUUUUAUCACAUUUUACCAUAUUUUCUUCUGGUUUCUUCUUCUGAGUAUUGGUUUGCUCUUUUGUCUUUCCGGUGCGAUGACUCAAAUAUCUGGUCUCACAUAUCGAGGGGUUUUAAAGAGAUUUAUCCGAUAUCAAACGACUGUAUCUCCUACAUGAAUUACAGCUGUAUCAGUAUUCUUUUUCGUUUAACUCUCGUAAUGUUCUUCCAGUACUUACUUUAAUGUCAGUGGCAAAAUAUUGAGAUUCAAGCUACCACCCGAUAGCUUUUACAAAGCAUGAAACUUCUGCCAGCUACAAUCCUAUUUCAUCCAAAAUAUUUAAAGUCGUUGUUAAUACGUCAACGUUUACAAGCCAUAAAGUUCCAAACAUUCCACUACCUGGUAGCUUUUUGAAAGCAUUAAGUUUCUGCCAAUUACUUCGCUAUUUGAUCCAAGAUAUUCAAACUCAUUGUUAGCCUGUUAGCUGUAACAAGGCAUGGGG